AUGGCGUCGGUUUUUAUCUCUUGGUACUUCACUUCAGCUUCAGCGGCGAAAAAUCAUAUUCGGGUUUUUAUGCCAAUAGUGGUGUGCUGGUUUCUUUGGGUAGCUAGGAACCAGGAGCGCUGUCAGGGAGUGCGGUGGGAGGUUGACAAGAUAAUCCGUGAUGUGGAUUAUUUUUGGGAGCAGCUUGGGAGGGCAAAUAAGCUUCGUCGGUCGCAUUUCGUGGGGGAUGUGGAUUGUGAGUUGGUACAAUGGAUCAAGUCUCCUUCUAGGAGAAGGGCCCCGUGUGCGAUUGCCUGGGUCAAACCGCCACUUGGUGUGCUGAAAUUUAACUCGGACGCCAGUGUGGUUCAAGGUCGGGCCACGGGUGGAGGUCUGCUGCGUGAUGGUCAGGGGAAAUUGAUUUUUGCUUUCUACAAGGAGUUCGGGGAACAGGAUGUGUUAGGGGCGGAGUGUAUGGCAUUACUGUUUGGUCUGCAGUUGUGUUUAAAAAAGGGGAUGCGUCCUUCGUUGGUAGAGGUGGACUCCAAGGCUUUGGUACAGUUGGUUGUGUCUGGGGCGAUUGCUAAGUGGCCUCUGUGUAACAGCUGA